AUGGCUUCACGGCUCCUCCUCACACAUUACUUCCGACCACGUGGAAGCCAACCACUCCCGCAGACAACCCAGGCAGACAUCCAGAGUCUUUUGGACACGCUGCCUGCCGUGAGCAGCAGCUCCCUCGACGUGAUUUACUCCAAUUCCCCCCUCCCUGGACCAGAGGAGGAAUGCCUUUGCCUACAACUCCACACCCUCGAGGCUCACGUGUUACCCAUCGAACGCGAAAUGGCGAGGUCUCGGCUGGCUGUUCCUUUAUUAGAGACCACUCUGGAUCAAUGGAAAACGCUGUAUUCAAAGCUUCAGAACGAGGUUGAGGCGCGCCGCCGACUGUUUUCACCCAUUCGAUGGAUUCCAGACGAGCUUUUGUGCGAAGUUUUCGCUCAGUGCGUGAAUGAAGAUGAAAAGAAGGCCGACUUUUCGUUCUCCUUGACGCGCGUAAUUCGUGUCUGCCGUCGUUGGAGAAACGCCGCUUUGUCCUGUCCAAGUCUCUGGCGACGCGUCGACGAUGACUGUCAUUAUCUGCGUAAAGGAGACACCGAGCGAAACAUGCUUUGCCUGCUUAGUGUGCCUGAAAGCAUCCAGCGAGCGAUGUUCCACUUGACACACUCCGGCACUCACCUCCCACUGUUCGUGGGCUGCUCGCGAAGCUUCGAUAAUUCCGGAAUCGCUCUUCUCCCUCCGGAAGACCCCAAAGAUAUACCCCGCGGUGCCGCCUUUCUGGAUGCGAUUCUCAAAACAUCUACGAGAUGGGCAACCCUUUCCCUCCGAUUUUUAACCGUCGAGGAGACACAUGCCUUCAUAAACAAAGUGCUCCAGAAACAAAUCAGCUUUCCCAAUCUCACACGAGUCACCAUCCUGACUAGGUACCACAUCACGGGCUCCGUAUCUCUGGACUGCGUGCCUCUUCUGAGCCGCAUGCCGGCUCUGAAACACCUCACGCUCAUUGAUAACACCCCACUUAAAUCGGGUCUGGAUAUCCAUUCAGCGCCAUGGAGUCGACUGCAGUCCUGCAAGCUCGACUGGCGCUGGGGAGCGCAGGCAUUCCAUGUCUUCACAUCGUUUCCCCCCAACUCACGAGUGGUUGUGCGUUUCGCAAAGCAUAAAACACAGCUACCAUAUGCCGCGAUAAAGGUUGCGUUGGGAGAGUUGGUGCUCGAUAUGUGUCAGCUGCAGUUUAUUUCCAACAUUCUCUGGGCCCUUGUCGCACCCAAUCUUCACACCCUCGAACUUUGGGGCAGGUACGGCCCCCUCCGGCAAACGACCAUCACCAUUCUCGAUGUUGCUCGGCUGACGCAGAGGUCUUCGUGCUACAUAACUGAGAAAACUCGCACUAAUCUUACAUCAAUUGGACACGUGGGACUCUCUGCUUGCCUUCCUCGAAUCCGACGGUGGCGGCGCCGCUCUAGAGCACCUCGAUAUUUCGGCACCCAACCUUGUGCCCCAACUGCUGCAAACCCUGACUGUCCGAGGCAACUUUCUUGUCCGCCUGCGUAG